AUGCGCAGGUCUGUUCCACGAUCCUUGCAUCAUCUAGAGUCCUGGCCAGAAUUCGCGCAUCAUGUUUGGGCAACGCUUUACCGCGAAACUUCGAACCCUUCAAGCAUGAGCUCUUGUUCCUGUUCUUCUUCUACUACUAGUACUACUCCUACUGCUUCGACUUCUUCUUCGGAAAAUAAGAAAACGAAUGCUAAUAGUACAAGUACAACAGCAAGAACAACAACUACGUCUUUUAGUAGUGGUGCCAGUAGUGCUGUGGGGGCAGCACCAGCAGCGUUAUCAGAACACACAACUGCUGAGUUUUUGACUCUGAAUUCUGAAUUCGAGAACUCUUGUGCAUUUCUGCGUUCCAGAGGUGGGCCACAGCUUAGUUUGUCGGAAGGCAAUGAGAAUGUGUGGAUUGUCAAACUUAAGGCUUUGAUGUUCCCCAUUAAUUAUUUAUAUCUUGCCCUAGUAACUACAUAAACUUUGAUUCCCGACUUUUUCUCUCGCAACACUAUUGCAGCAAGUACUAGCAGUAUCAGUUUCAGUUUUACAGCGUUCACCAAGAAUCAGAGAACAAGUAGUGUAUCUGAAUUUCGUAGUCUUGUUUGACAUAGAUGUCCAUCUAAGGGAUGCGGUGUCUAUUAACUACAUUGCUGUCCCUACCUUCAUGUAUGCGCCGACUUCUAACAAUCCCGGCAACAACGCUCGCGGUUCAGGCAUCAUGGUGUUGAAGUCUUUGCGUGAGAUUCUCUACCAAUGCAAAAACUCCAGUCGACUGGUUCAAAAGUACGUCGAAAGGCCCUUAACUCUGUUUUCUGGACGCAAGUUCGAUAUCCGGUAUUGGGUUUUAGUAAGAGCCUUUGACCCUCUGGAGAUCUACCUCUUUUCCCAGUGCUACUUGCGUUAAGGCCUGCGGAUCUAUAUAUUAGAGUAGUUUAUAGAACGGAUGUAGGAUGGACUUGGAUGGAUCGGGUGGAUCGGAUGGACCCCCCUGAUUCUUCCGGUCCUACUUGAAAUGGUGGGAAGUCCAUCCGUUCCAUCCGAUCCAUCCGAUCCAUCCGAUCCAUCCCAUCCCGGAUCUGGCACCCCUAUAAACUGCUCUAAUAUAUAAAUCUAAAUCUUAUUUUCCGGUGUUGUUUUUUCACAUACAUAGUAACUAGUAAUCACAGCGUAGCGUUUCUACAAUCGACUACUACAGAGAAGCACUAGCUUUUCUACAUGUACUUCUGGAUGAACUCUCAUCAAUGGUCAGCACAUCCACAUGAUGAUGAUGCUCUCUCAUCAAUGAUUUUUCAUAUGGUGCAUCUUGAACUUGCGGUCAGCACAUGAUGCUCUCUCAUCAAUGAUUUUUCAUGUCCAGACAGCUCUACCAUCAAUGAUUCGGAAAUGUUUCCUCUAAGUACGACUCUGCAAUGAACCGUUUGACCUAGGAGAUUUGGAGAACCGGCAAAAACACAUUAGUAAUUGGGAAGUAAACAAAAAAGGUCGACAAGUUCAAGCUGGAGCAGUCGCGAGUUUAGGGCAGUUCAAAGUUAAGGCCGAGCCUCCUGACACACUCUCUCAUACAAACUAAAAUAUGGGCGUUACGCAUUCUCUCAUACUUAGACAUCACUCACACUCUCUCGUACAACAAAUUGUAGUCCGUACAUGAACAUCAUGAACAGCACCAGCACAUCACGUCUUUCCUUUUUACAGGAGUUACAGCGUCACUUCCUCAUCCUCACAGUUACACAGCAUAGAUAGGAGCAUUCUAAUUCCCGCGAGCUUUUCGAGAUGACUGGCAACCCUUCCUAUUGGGAGGAAGCCUUGCUUCCGGAGAUUCGUGCUUUGGUGAUCACAACCUGCAAAUCUGUCCAGCGACAAGUGGUGCAACGAAAGAGCAGCUUUGAACUCUUUGGUUUUGUUAAGGCUACAACAACAGGUAUUUAUUUAGAGCAGUAUAUGGAUGUUUGUAUCUUACAACAGAUAAUAUUUUAGAGCAUAUGCAUCAGUCCCUGACUACUCCAUGAUCAUUGGGGGUGGACUGUGACGCCGAACAGGUCUUCUACAUUAUGAAUCUCGUGAUGUCGGUGCACAUCCAUGUCGCCCUGCCUUGAUCGAGGCCCACGAGCUUGAGCUUGAACUUGAUAUGAUCGUUGGGAGGAGGUCUUUCUUUUUCUAUUUGUGCGGAGUACUCCUCUGCACAGAUACAGCCAGUUUCUUUCUUUGAAGUGAAAUAGUUUCUUGAAUUCUAAGGCCAAUGUGAUUGUUGAAAAAGAAGCACCUCCACUCAAGGGAUCAUAUCAUGAUUCUCAAAAAGGAACUGGAAGAUCUAAUUGGGACAUCAUGGUCGACGAAAAGCUACGGCCGUGGCUGUUAGAGGUAAACCUUUCGCCUGCAUGCGACGCGCGAACGGACUUCUUAGCCGUUAAGUGUUUCCACAUUGCAGUCCUCACUACCUUCAACAUUCUUGACUUGUUGACUUGUAGUUCCGUGAAGAUAAGAGUAGGAAAGAAGCCAGGAGUGAAGAUGUUCUGAGGAAUGCAAUGUCGCAACUACGACCUCUAAGAUGGAGAUGUUGAAGCAGAUGGCUGAUAGUUUGCUAGAAAUUCUCUUGGUAGGGGAAACUGGAGCUAUCAGACAAAGUUACACUGGCGCUCCUUUAUGGCUUCUUCCCCAAAUUCGUGAGUCCUCAAAGCAUUCUUGUCCUCGUGAGGACAGAAAGGCGGCUUGUUAUUAAAGAUGGAUUUGAUCAGAACAGGACCCUCUUACUCAUACACAUUUACAUAGUUAGAAGAUGGAUUUGAUUAGAUUUAGAACAGUGAGGUGACUGAAAGGCCUCUAAUAAAUCGUUAGAAUGACGUAAAACGAGAUUCCAUGACAUGACAUCUUCUACUUCUAAGUAGGAGACUAGCUAGUGCAGAACGCGAACGACCCUUGUCAGCCAGCCUUGCUAGGACGUCGUCGAGACCUCGCUCUGUGUCGCCGCAAAAGCAACGCUCAUCCGCUAUGAGUUUUGCGUCAGGUUUUGAGCAUCAACAUCUGGCAGCGCAGGUCGUUGACUCGCCUAGACUUUUCACAGAAAAAGUACCAGGAAAGGGAGAAUUCUGGUGCAUCUACAGAGAGGAACCGCCGUUGCCGUGCAAGAACAAUUCUAGCACCACGAAUGGUUUAGCCAACUACAAUACAGGUGCAGCAUCGGCAUUCAUCACGGAUUCAUCUUUGAUACUCAGAAGCAGAACUACAUCUACUGGUGGCGAUAUGAACAAAGAAAUGGGUGCAAAAGGAGACCUUCGAGACGAAGAUUCUACAACAACGACGACGACCGCGACUAACGGAGGUUCUACAACUAGCACUUCUACGAUCCAUAUACCUCCAACGACUCUACUUGUACCACCUCCUUCCACAUCCUCAAGCUCCAGCAGUUCAACAUCAACGUCUGCCUCAUCUGCUUCUGGCCCAUCUUCAUCCUCUACUUCAUUUUCGAGUAACUCGAGUUCAUCUUCGACGCUUGAAGUCUGCGGUAAGUUAUGAGUGUAGGAAAUGCAUCUCCAAAACCAAAGUGAUCUGGACGGAAGGAAGGAAAAAAGAAGGAAAAGGGACCCAGCAGAGAUCUCGGAGAUGCGUUCCCUAUCCCUCUAAGUAAGGCAGUUGUCUGGCGCAAGGAGUGGAGGCUGGAGCAGUGCUGGUUGCGGUCUCAGGCUGCUGUGGUCAUACAGCGGUAUGCCUUAGGCUUCUUGGCUCGGAGGCGGAGACAGCUGAUACGACGAACACGCGCAGUGGAGAUAUUGCAGAAGCUAGCUCGUGGCUUUCUUGGUAGGCUAGAGGCACAAAGGCUGCGGCAGGAAAAAGCGCUUAGGGAAGUUUUGCUGCCAAAGAUGCGCGGCUUUUGGUGUAUGCGACGCUUGUUGUGUUAAGGCUCAAAUUACUACUCGUUUCAGAUCAUUUCUUCAGUAAAUCACAUGUGACAGUCACUCUUUAUUUCUUCUGUCACAGUCCUCACUGUUUAUUUCUUCUUCGUAUAUUCGGAAGAAAAGCUGUUGCAUGCAAGAAGCGAGUGGACGAUUUUUUGAGCUCUAAUUGCAGCGCCGCUCAUCCGAAGCAGCAUGUCAGAUCCAACGACGUUGGCGAGGAGUACGAGCUAGGCAUUGGUUCCAUCACUGGCGAAGGAUGGUGAUGGCUGUGCGUGUACAGAGACGCUUUAGAGGACACAGGACAAGAAGGAGACUCUCUGCCGUGUCGAUACUUGUCCUCUGGUGGCGCAGAAAGUUCGCCGUACUCGUAAAGGCAGCCACUAGAAUAAGUGCAACCUGGCGUGGUUUUUUCCAGAAACAUUGCGUGUUUCGGCGCAAGCUAUUGCCAUGCUACCGAGGAGGAUUGUUGCUAGCGAAAAGAUUGUACUUUUCAAAAUUGCGGUUGCAGUGUGAGCGUGCAGAAGUAGGUAUUCGUGUUACACGAGUGCAAUGUGCUGCACGACAGUGGCUGGCUCGACGACGCUGGGCUGAGAGAAGUUAAGGGUAGGCUAAAAGUGUUGCCGUUACCGUUCGCCUUACCUUUCUCGAGGGGCAAAGGCUUGGCGAACGCGGUAAGCGAACACCACAGGCCUAGCUCUAAAAACGACAACAACGGCAAAAACAAAAACGCAUUCUUCUGUACUUCUCGUUUUUCACAUGGGCUCGUGAUACUCAAUCAGCUGGAGAAUUGCAGAUCAGAAUAGCAGCUGUGUUUCGAGGAAUGCGUGCGAGGCAGAGAGUUGCAAAAAUGAAACGUGAAUUACACGUACUAGACACAUCUAAAAUUUUUGUAGCUUCGACGUUAGCUGCAAUUUUGCGGGGUCGCCGUCAGCGGGUGGACUUCCUCACGAAAAGGAGAAGUGUAGUAGAAAUACAAACACGCUGGCGCGGCUUUCGAGGUAGAAAAAGAGCUGCAGCGGCUGCCGAAAUAGAGCGAAGGAAAGCACAGGACGACGCUCUUCUUCUUGCUGCGUUGCGAAUACAAGGUCUUGUCCGUGGCCAUCGUGCGCGGAGAGAAGUAGCAGCGCUUAUUGCCCAACAAAGGAAAAAAACCAGGCGAGAAACCGAAGAAGAAGCAGUAGUGGUUAAGGUUUCCCCUCACGACCCAUCUUCAGAGGCAUCCUACUUCUCGAGAGGCUCUGAUGAUGUAUACCCCCCCAAAGAUGACGGUGAGGCUGAAGAAGACUUUUCGAAAAAUAAAGAGAACAUCAAGAUCAACACGACACCUCCAGGACAGCAGCAAAGGCAAGGAGAAGCUCCAAGUUCAACAUCUUCGAUAUCUACUUGUAAAUCCUCUUCAGCGAGUACAAAUCCAAACUUUAUUUGCGCAGGUUCUACGUCUGUUUCUUCCCCGUCUUCAAAAACAGGCUCUAGUUCUAACGUUUUUCACGCAUUUUCGUCCCCUUCAACAUGUACUACUACGAGUGUGCUUAUGUCUUCCUCCUCUAGAAGUACUGAAGUCAAAGCACCAGAAGAUGUCAAUAUCAUUCAAACAGUGCGAAGGGUUGAGAGCUCUGGAGAACUCUCUACCCUUGAGGAAGAACAGCUUGAGCGCACAAAAAACGACGCUUCUUCUUUUGUAGAAAGGGCAGAAAGACGACGACAACGGCGCAAGAGAAGUGAGAAAUCUUUGGGUUUGAAGUCAUUGUCAUCCUGCUCAGCCUCAGCCUCAGGUGUAGUAGUAGUUGAACAAGAUAUUAUAACCGUGACAGGAGUAACAUCCGCUGGUGCAAGACCAUCUCCAUCGCAAGAACUAGGAGCAAAGGUAAACGAAAAGCAGGAGCUGGAGCAAUUCUACUUUCAAAGUCGUGCUGGCCAUCAUGGUCAUGAAGGUGCUGAGCAAGAGGCUAAUAAUGACCAAGUGGGUAAGGGCAAGACGAGUCGGAAAGUAACCAGACGGGCACGUAGAACACAGCUUGUAGUGUUGAAUUCAUCGGCUUCUUCUUCUUCGUCUUCUACUUCGAGCGGUAAAAAGGCCGAAAGGGAACAUUUUAAGGAAGCAGAAGAUCAUUCCUUUUCUAGUUCUACCACUAGUCUAAGCAGGUCGUGCUCAAGCACUAACGGAGCGGGUGGUGGCGGAGGUGGCGAGGAACGAUCCAUAGCGGAGCCAAAGCUUCCUAGAUUUCUACCUCAGUGCACCACUACAUCUACAGCUUCAGCAGGUGCAGGAGCAGCUGAUUCCUCUGAUUAAGGCUCAAAGUAAAGUAAGUAAGUAAUUCAUUUCCAGCUUCCAUUUUCUUCUGUUACUGUUUGUGUUUCCUUCUUCGAAGAAAUUAAGGGUCGUGUGGCAAAGUCAUCCGCUCAUUCUGAAGAAAUGUCGAAGGGAAAAAGAAAUGAAUGCUUUUGGGCUUUCUUAUCUAAUCCCCUCUGAUCAACAAGAACAGCAGACCUACUACAUCCACAUCGGCACAAAGACCUAUAUCUGCACGAAGUAAAAAAAGUAGAAGCAGAGCUAUGGAGGUGUUGCAAAUGCACACAAAAAGCAGUAAGAAGUUUCUUCAUACGAGAAGUGGGUCACCGACUGCGAAAACGAGUAGUCCAGCAGACUUCUUGUUCCCAGCAGACAACCAGCAUCCAUCAAGUAGGCCGAAAAGUGCGAAUGUGAUGCUCCAACAAAGCAGGACUGCCGACUCGUCCUCAAGCCAUUUUAGACCAAAGAGCGCAAAACUAGAAGCACGGCAGCCCGAUCUCCUUGUUUUUCCCGCUUUUACUUCCAGUGCAUCUGAUACUGGUGCAUCUGAUACUAGUACUAGAGCACGCGUUGAUGUUGUCCAAUUAACAGCAGCUGGUCGACAACAAAAUUACGGGUCUACUUCUGUUAAAUCGAGUCCCAGUUGGUGCACCAGAACUGCUACGCCUGUUGAUCAUCAUGAAGGGACGAAUCUACUAGAUGGCGUUACACAAACCGAAACACCGACCACGACAAGAUCAGCAGCUCAGACUCCUUCUAGUGUGUCGAAGGUGUCUACGACUAAGUCUAGCUCUAGCUGUAGUAAAAAAGGUAAUCAUGAUGUCGAAGUGGUCGAUCGUCCGCUAUCAUGUAAAGCCAGUGUCGAAGUCGAUCGUCCGCUAUCAGGUAAAGCUGAUUUGACGUCUGUGCCUGAGGGAGAAGUGCAGUCGGGGGUGUCAGUAAUCGACGAAAGGAACUCGAACUCUAAAGUUAAAGAAGGGGCGAGUACCACGACGACGACAGCGAAAAGACGGGUAUAUGUUAAGGGCUACAAGGAAUCCAACUUCUGUGCUGUCAACAUCUUGGUCCUCCUGUUUUUAAAGGGAAAAAGGAGACCCAAGAUGCUGCUGAAGGUGGAUUUCCCUCAGCUCUAAAAACGUUCCCCGAAUCAAGGGACUGCGUGAGAAGAACGUCGAGGCGCAGCGUCUUUAUUUAGGAUUAGAACAAUGUGAAGGUCCACCUCGUGAAUCUACGAAGCUGACUAUCGAAGACUGUACUAGCGAACGCGGAAGUAGAAGUGCACGAACUCUAGAGCCGAAAGUUGAGCUCGAGGCUGUGAAGAGGCAAAAGGAUGAUGAAGAACAUCGUUGCGGAACAGGCUCAUCUUCUACUUCAGCAACCUCAUCCAACUCUACAACUAGUGCGAAUAGUACUAGUACUAAGACCAAAAAGAACACUACAUCAAUAACAACGACUUCGACUUCCUCCUCAAGCUCCGGCACAACCUCUGCUAAAACGAAUACGAUGCAAGAAGAUCGACAUCAACCACCUCAACGUGAGCGUCAUGGUGUAGACCAAGAAAGGAUCUGUGAUUUGGUUCUUGCUGGAGAGGAGGUAGCUUCUGAGUGUGGCGUCUUCCUCGAGCAGAAUACUCGUCGGUGUGCGACAGCGAUGGAAGCGAAGAGGUGGAGUGUUUCAGUAUUAGAGAAUUGCAAAGCAGAAAAGAAUGACCGAGGAAGUCGCGAUCAUGGUGGUGUGCUGACAACUGUAGCUGUAUUAGAAGACAAGACCUCCAGGAGCACGCCCUCAGUAUUCUCGCCGUCAACAUCUACGUCUAUGUCUACGUCUACUUCAGCAGGAGUUGUUUCUUCUUUAUCCUCUUCCUCAUUGAACAAGACGAAAAUACUAGAAAAAGAUGGAACCUUCUCUCGUAUAAUUUCAACAUCUAAAAAAUCCAAAAACACUACUUCUGGAGGUCGUUCGUCACGAUCAAGUGACCAACCCGCUGUUUCUUGCUCCUCAUCCCAGCCUCGUGGAGGAGAGUCCCACCAACCUACUUCAACAUCGCAGAAAAGCCCACGUGACUUGCUCCGGGAAGGCCUCCUAGAUCUCGAAAAUCUGCUUUGUUCCAUGGCUGGGACACCGGGAAACCACACUCCUGCUGCUGCACCAUCUUCACAAGACCACGCAUUACACCCUUCAAACCACUCUUAGGACUUCCGGAAAUCUCCCAUCUUGACGAGAAGCAUCUCACUUGGACUUCCGAGUAGAAUGGGGGAAACGGGUCAAAGAUGCUUUUCAAAAUGGGAGAUUUUCGGAGGGUCUAAGAGUCUUCAACUUCAAGUAAGAGCAGUUACGCAGCUGCAGUGAGAGAUGUGAUCAAGAAGAACAGACCCGGCAGAGACAGUGCUGAAGCGCAACAUGGGUUUAGUAGUAACCUGAUCGAGACGAAGGUGGCGGCAGGAGGAUCGGCGCUUCGUGCAGUUCAUAAAUUGAGGUCACAAAAAUCCAACAAUAAUUCCAGGGUUUACAGAACUCGCGACGACCCUAGUGCCACUUUUAUCGUAAGGGAGGAUGUGGAAAAGUAGCAAGAAUUAUAUAGGAAGAGGAAGACACCUUAUCCUGAAAUUAAUGGAAAAUAAUCAUAUUGCACGAUAUACAACAUCAAAGUGACUAGAGUUAUAAACUAGACGAGCAUUUUAGUUUGAGAUUCACCACAGUACCAAAACCACUAUUUUUAGCAUUAGACAAAGAGCAAAGAGGGAAAGCACGGUAGAGGUCUAUCAAGCAUUAGUAUCUAUGAGAUUAAACAAGACAAUGAUCUGUACUUCCUUGUAGUAAUUUCGGAAUAAUGAUAUCAAGAAUGCUGCACUUGUUGUAGUAAGAUUAUCAUUAUAACAUGUUGACCGAAACAAAUUAUUAAAUGUCCACUUAUUUGAAAUGCGUCUUCACAGCAUAUUUUUACUUAGUAUCAUCUGUAAGCGAACUUAUUUAUUCCUGUUCCUAGAGUUUCGUUCAUAUAGAAUGAAAACACAAAUAAAAAUGUGCUGUUCUUUUACAGUUGUAGUUGAAAAUUUUAAUGUCUCUCAUAGAUGCUUAGCCUUAGCAGGUACAAUAGAAAUGCAUAUAGCAAUAGGAGUAGCAUAGUCUGUAGAGAUAAAAGCGAUCGAUACACAUCCAGCUCGAUAAAUAGUAAAAACCAAAACGAACACCUUCGAGUUCCAAAACUAGCCCUAUUUUUAACUAUAAUGAAUAAACAGCUUCAGCGAAAGCAAAUUUGAAUUUCCGACUUCACUACUUCUUAGCAUUGACUUUCACAGCGUUUCUCGAUUGUUUCAGGGAGAUGGAUGACCACCAGUAUGAUUUGUUUGUAGAUGUUAGUCUUUUUUUGUUUUUACGCCUUGAACUUGAAGUAUGUUUCAUGUGAAGUAGAUUCGAAAUUUUUAAUGGCUGAUUGUACCGCUUCAACGAUGGCCGUUCGUUGUUCUACAAGGCUAGGGGACGUCUUACAUAGACGAGCGCUAGAGGUAAAAGCAGCCGAUGAGUACUCGGCGAACUCCCGUAAAGAUCAGGGUUAUCGGACACGAAC